AUGGUAAAUGCCCAAAAAUGGUUAGAAAGUCAAGAACAAUAUAAUACCAAAGAAAAAAGGGAAAAAAUAGAGAGGUUGGAUAUUGAAGAGAAAAACCUAGAAGGACAUCUAGAUUUAAAAGACUUCAUUAAUUUAAAAGAGUUAAAUUGCUAUAAUAACCAAUUAACUAACCUAAAAUUUGCCGAUGAGAAAAAAAUUACUAAAUUAGAUAUUCGGGAUAACUAUUUUGCCCAGAAAGAUUUAUCUUUUUUAAAACCUUUGAAAAAUAUGUCUAAUUUAAAAGAAUUGAGUAUUAUUAACACUGAUAUUAGUGGAGGGUUAGAAUAUUUACCCAAAAAUUUAGAAAAAAUUAAGUGUGGAACUACUUUUGGUCGAGAAAAGGAUUAUAAAUGUAGUGAGAUUUGUGAAGAGUUGAAAAAUUAUGAGUUAGGCUUUACUCUCCAAGACAGUUAUUUCUGUGCUUGGCUAAAAAAUACUAAACAACUAACUCCUGAACAAGCAAAAGUUAAUAAACAACAAUUAAAAGGAGAAUUUAAUGAGUAUUGGAAUGAGGUUUCCAAAAUAACUCAGCAAUGGUUAGACCAAAAUUACCCUGAUAAAAAAACACGAACUAUAUACCUCAACCAACAAUUAGAAGGAAUUUUAGAUUGUAGUGGUUAUGCCCAAACUUGGCUAGACCAAAAAUAUCCCAAGGAUGGGACUUGUGUAAGAGAAAAUGAGAGGAAUUAUAGUCCUCAUGUUAAUAACUUUGAAUGCCAUGAUAAUUGCCUCACUAAUCUAAAUGUAAAUAAUUGUAGGAAAUUAAAAAGGAUUGAGUGCUGUAAUAACCAACUUACUACCCUUGAUUUGAGUAAUUUAGAAGAGUUGGAGACACUUGAAUAUUAUGAUAAUUACCUCACUCAAAUGCCUUAUCUACCUAAUCCUAAAAAGUUAACUAUUGGUAAUACUGAUAAAAACAAAACUAACCAAGGAAUAUACAACAAAAUAGAGGGUUCAUUGGAGCCUUUAAAAGAUUUAAGUAAAGACUUUGAUUAUGACACUAAAUUAAGACCUGAUUGUAAAUUAACCGAAAUGGUUCCUUUGCUUAAAUCACGAGAAAGUCAAAAGAAAAUCGGUAAAUUCAUCCAACAAUCCCAAGUAGAAAAAAUACCUUAUGAACAAUUUACUUACAUUAAUUACUUAGCCCAAGAAGUAAAUGAAAGUCAAAAUACAGAGUUCACCCAACAGCUUAAAGAUGCUGAAAGUUAUAAUCAAACUUUACCUGAUGAAAUCAAAUAUCCUAAACAUGAAUUACAUAUGGGAGCAGUUCAAUAUAGUAAACUCAUAAACACUAAACAAAUAACUCGCUCAUUAAAUGCUACGGAGAACUUGAAAUUAGAUAUUAAUGAUUAUCUUUCUGAAUUAUAUCUCCAAGAAGAACCGACUUCUCCAACCAAAAUCGAAGAAGAACAAAUAAUAGAGUUGAAAAAACAAUUAGAAGAUGCACAACAACAAGCCAAAUAUUGA